CACUCCUUUACACUAUUCUUCCUACGUGCCGCUGUUUUGAUGCACAUCACGUUCUCUGUCUAAAGCCUAAUUUACCGCUUCAAUCGAAAGUCCGCUCCCAUCGGCGUGUUUCCCGCGUACCUCCCCUUUGAAAGGUGACCUUGCGGAUGCAGAGAUUUGACCACGCCGACGGGAGUGGCUGUUCGAUAUUGCAUCAUUCCGUUGGCGCAGACCUAGCAGAUGACCCGGAAGCAGAAGGUCGAAAUUAGGCUUAAUGAGUUUCUCAUGUUGGAGCGGUAGAUGGAAACGGGGCUUGAUCGGGUUCUCAUGUUGGAGAUGGAAACGGGGCUUAAUCAGGUUGUCAUGUUGGAGCGGUAGAUGGAAACGGGGCUUAAUCACGUUCUCAUGUUGGAGCGGUAGAUGGAAACGGGGCUUAAUCAGGUUGUCAUGUUGGAGCGGUAGAUGGAAACGGGGCUUAAUCAGGUUGUCAUGUUGGAGCGGUAGAUGGAAACGGGGCUUAAUCAGGUUCUCAUGUUGGAGAUGGAAACGGGGCUUAAUCAGGUUGUCAUGUUGGAGCGGUAGAUGGAAACGGGGCUUAAUUAGGUUCUCAUGUUGGAGAUGGAAACGGGGCUUAAUCAGGUUCUCAUGUUGGAGAUGGAAACUGGGAUUAAUCAGGUUGUCAUGUUGGAGAUGGAAACGGGGCUUAAUCAGGUUCUCAUGUUGGAGCAGUAGAUGGAAACGGGGCUUAAUUAGGUUCUCUAGUUGGAGCGGUAGAUGGAAACGGGGCUUGAUCAGGUUCUCAUGUUGGAGAUGGAAACUGGGAUUAAUCAGGUUGUCAUGUUGGAGAUGGAAACGGGGCUUAAUCAGGUUCUCAUGUUGGAGCAGUAGAUGGAAACGGGGCUUAAUUAGGUUCUCUAGUUGGAGCGGUAGAUGGAAACGGGGCUUGAUCAGGUUCUCAUGUUGGAGCGGUAGAUGGAAACGGGGCUUGAUCAGGUUCUCAUGUUGGAGCGGUAGAUGGAAACGGGGCUUGAUCAGGUUCUCAUGUUGGAGCGGUAGAUGGAAACGGGGCUUAAUCAGGUUCUCAUGUUGGAGCGGUAGAUGGAAACGGGGCUUAAUCAGGUUCUCUUGUUGGAGAUGGAAACGGGGCUUAAUCAGGUUCUCAUGUUGGAGAUGGAAACGGGGCUUAAUCAGGUUCUCAUGUUGGAGAUGGAAACGGGGCUUAAUCAGGUUCUCAUGUUGGAGAUGGAAACGGGGCUUAAUUAGGUUCUCUAGUUGGAGCGGUAGAUGGAAACGGGGCUUAAUCAGGUUCUCUAGUUGGAGCGGUAGAUGGAAACGGGGCUUAAUCAGGUUCUCUAGUUGGAGCGGUAGAUGGAAACGGGGCUUAAUUAGGUUCUCUAGUUGGAGCGGUAGAUGGAAACGGGGCUUAAUCAGGUUGUCAUGGUGAAUG